AUGAAGUAUGUUGCAACCGCAAGUUUGGAGGAUAGUUCUGUUUGCGUGUGGAAGUUCCCGGACAAAAAGAAUGGAGAAUACGAAUUAAAGUUUAGUCACUCAUUAGAUUUAAAAAAAAUAGACUUGAUGGAACCAAUUAGGGUCUCUGAUUCCAAGGAUGUUCUUAUAGGAAGUUGUUGUAAGAAUUCUUUAAUUCUCGAAAUAAGAGAUUCAGGAAACACUCCAAUAAAAAUAUUGAAUGCACAAGAAGAUUUGAAAGGAAAAAUCGAGUGUUCUAGAUUUCUCAAAAAUGGAGAGUUAGUAAUUGUUGAGGGGGAUCCUGUUUAUCAGGAAAGAGUGUUGAUUCUCUUAGAUGUGCCUUUUGUAAUCAUGCAAUGGAACUUGGUGACACGAAAGUUUGAGGCACAAUACGAAUUAAAUUGGAAUUUGACUAUUUCUUGGGAAUCGAUUGGGAUGGUGCUGAACAAAAAUUGUAAAUUAUUGGCAAAAGGGGAACUUCUGCUUGUUUAUUUUGAAGAGGAGCACUCAUUCUAUGCUAUCAAUCUAAGCACUUAUUCGAAAUCAAAAAAUCCAAGAAAGGUAGUUUUAUCGGCGCAAAAUGAUUUCAUGGUUCCUAAUUUUAUUAUACAACGGUCUCAUGAUCGUUUACAAAUCGAAAGUUUAUCUCGGAAUCUGGAAUUGGAAGAUGACAUACAAAGCGAACCUGGGAAAGAUGAAAAAAUUGAUUUAUGUUACGGAGAAGAAAUAAAAGAUAUCAUAAGCGAUAUUUUAAAAACACGCCAACCAAACCAAAGCAUGACUCAAGGUCUCAUUGCAGGAAGUUAUGGAGAUUGGAGAGUUGAGUACGAGAAGAUCAACAAUGAUUUUGUAGCUAGAUUAACAGCUAAGCAGUCCAAUACAGAAGAGGUCAUCGGAAAAGAAGCAACAAGAUAUAAUAAUAGGUCCGGAGAUAAAGAAAGAUCAAUUCGGUCCGGAAAUAAAGAAGGAUCAAGAUAUUACGAAGUUUCCGUUGAUGAACUUGCAAAAUAUGUCAAGAAAAUUGAAAAUGUUGAUGAAUCACAGCCAUUGUUACCCGCUAUUAAAGAAAUUGUCGGUUAUGAAAAAAAGGCUGAUGAAAAAUUUCCGAUUUUUGAUGAAAUAUUAAAAAAUAUUAACAAUACUAACACACUAGUCAAAUUAAUUAACCAAGAAAAAGAGAGAUUAAAAGUAAACAAAUAG